CAUACGCUGACAGCUGCCACUGCAAGUCCAGAAUGGAGAAAGCCAGAAAAACUCUACAAAUAAGUCGCGAAGAAUCCGAACUCGUUUCACAACUCAGAGUUCACCCCCACCGAGUCAACAUCGAACACAGCUUUUACGAAGAUUAUGCUAUUAGAGGCAUCCGAGUUGACCGAGUCGAACCGGGUUUCGUCUCUUGCACUUUCAAAGUCCCUUCUCGCCUCACUGACAGGAGUGGAAAUUUGUGCAAUGGUGCAAUUGCUAACUUAGUUGAUGAGGUUGGUGCUGUGCUUGUUCAGGUUGCUGGUCUCCCCAUGAACGUCUCGGUUGACAUGUCCAUUUGUUUCCUUUCUACUGCAAAAGUAAAUGAUGAGUUGGAGGUUACCUCAAGGCUUUUAGGUCAGAAGGGAAGGUAUUCUGGAACAAUCGUUCUUCUUAAAAAUAAGGCAACCGGGGAGCUUAUUGCUGAAGGGAGGCAUUCAUUGUUUGGUCAACAUAGGAGCAAAAUUUGAAGUAGAACCUUGUUGUAAGUUAAUAUAGAUCGCAUUAGAAAGUUCUCCUAAAAGAUAAUAGCUAUGUGAAAACAAUUGAAGUCUGUUUGUACUUUGUAGUGAUUAUAGACUUUAGUUUAACCAUGGGACAUGUAUGCACAGAUGUAUCUUGGUAAUAAAAUAUAAAUCUUUGUUAGGUCCUGUUA